AUGUAUAAAGAAAAGCGCACGGGAAUAUCCUGGCUCCUUUGCCUGUUCCUGGCCGUCAUUUCUGUCUCGGCAGAUUCGACAAAUACUGAAUGGACAUUUCCUAGUCUCAUCAAUGCAACGCUCGAGGAUCUUCAGCAAGGACUUAGCAGGGGAUGCUUUAGUAGUUCUGACUUAGUAAAGACAUAUCAAGAGCGCAUCCGGCAAGUUCAAAGCAAAGUUCGUGCUGUCACCGAGAUCAACCCAGAUGCGCUUGCCAUUGCAGCGUCUCUCGAUGAGGAGAGGAAAGCCGGUGGCAAACGUCUCGGGCCCCUGCACGGGAUACCCAUUCUUCUCAAGGAUAACGUGGCCACGAUGGACAAAAUGAAUAACACCGCCGGAUCGACUCUCCUGCUCGGAGCAAAGGUUCCCCACGAUUCUACAAUAGCCAGGAAGCUCCGCGACGCCGGAGCCAUUAUCCUCGGCAAAGCAAAUAUGGAUGAAUGGGCCGAUUUUCGCAGCGAUAUUCCUACUGGCUAUUCGCCGUACGGAGGCCAGACAUACGCCGCGUACUAUCCGAAUCAGUCCCCUUCUGGGAGCUCAUGCGGCAGCGGCGUGUCUGCCGACUUGGGUCUAGCCUUCGCGGCAAUUGGCACCGAUACAGGCGGCUCCAUUUCAUACCCAUCGUCGAUCAACGGUAUUGUAGGGAUUAAGUCGACUGUAGGGCUUGUCUCGCGCCACCUAGUUAUCCCCGCGUCAGAACAUCGGGACUCAAUCGGGCCCAUGGCGCGGACGGUACGAGACGCGGCGCAUGUCCUAAAUGCCAUCGCGGGACCGGAUCCGGCCGACAACUAUACGUCCGCGGCACCGUUCAGCACUCUCCCGGAUUACGUGGCUGCCUGCGAUGACAAGGCUCUUCAGGGAGCGCGUAUCGGGGUGCCCUACAACGUCUUUAAUCUAUCUCGGGGCUUCGAGAAGGAUGACACCCCCCAGUUUGUUGCCUUUCGAAAUGCAUUGAAGAUCAUGGAAGAUGCCGGAGCGACCAUUGUUGAGGCCAACUUCACAAGGACAGGUAGCGACAACUCUACCUCGCUCGACAAUUUGUACACGCUCGGGGCGGACUUGAUUACCGACAUUCCCGGCUACUUUGCCCAGCUCAAGGAGAAUGAUAUAUGGGGCACCAACUUUUGGGAUGGUGCUCUCGAAAAAGGGCCCGAUGGAUUGCUCGGCGCCCUGGAGAGGCACAACCUUACAGCUAUAGCGACACCCACCAACUUUGCUCCAGGAAUGGCCAAUCACAUUGGUGCACCCGUCGUGACGGUGCCCCUGGGAUACUAUCCGGCCAACACGUCAGUAGAGUCACGAAAGCUUCAAAACAAUGGGACCCUGGUCUGGGCAGCCCCGUCAAUACCAUUUGCCAUGUCCUUUGUGGGACGGCUCUGGUCUGAGGCUGAUUUGAUUGGGCUGGCAUAUAGCUUCGAGCAGAAGACGCGGGUAAGGGUUCAAGCGAAGCGUAUUGUCAUGCCCGAAGCUGAGGUCACUGUCUCUUCUUCAUGUUACGCCUAA